UCCCGCGGUUGCACAAAGUCAAUGAAGGUGUCUUAGUAGACACAGAGAGAAGGAGAGCGUCAUCUCUGCUGUCCUGAGGAAAUCCUGCGUAAACAACCACGGCCCAUGGAAUUAUUUGGAUAUUUUGCCCGUGAAGCUGUGGGGAAACUUUUAUUGGACCAUGUUUUCGCUGCUUGUGGAAGCGUCUCCAUAUCUAUGAAGGUUUAAAUGCAGGAGAAACUGUUAUUCGUUGUUUUGGACCGGAUAUAGUGUGGGUUGGGGCAGAGAUGCGUAAUGUGCAGCGCAAACUCCAUCUUCUCUCCAAAUAGGCAGCGUUCAAGAGCCGAAAAUGUCAAAGUCGGAGGUGAAGAAGGAGUCCGGUGAGUCCAGUCCUUCAGAGGCCGCGUGCCUCUGCUCUCCUCCCGCAGCCAAGAACCAGUGCGCCAGCUGCGGCAUGGAGAUCCACGACCGAUACCUGCUCAAGGUCAAUAAUCUGAACUGGCACUUGUCGUGUUUGGAGUGUUCCGUGUGCAGAGCGUCUCUGCGCCAGCACAGUAGCUGCUACGUUAAAAACAAAGAAAUCUACUGCAAACUAGAUUACUUCAGUAGGUUUGGCACUAAGUGUGCCCAGUGUGGCCGGCAGGUGUACGCCAGUGACUGGGUGCGGCGAGCUCGGGGCAGCGUCUACCACCUGGCCUGCUUCGCCUGCUACUCCUGUAAGAGGCAGCUGUCCACUGGGGAGGAGUUUGGCCUGGUGGAGAGCAGGGUGCUCUGCCGCAGCCACUACGACAUCAUGCUGGAGAACCUGCGCAGGGCUGCAGAAAACGGCACAGGACUGACUCUGGAGGGAGCGCUGCCCUCUGAUCAGGACUGCCAACCGAAACCUGCCAAGAGGGCGCGGACGUCGUUCACUGCUGAGCAGCUGCAGGUGAUGCAGACUCAGUUUGCUCAGGACAACAACCCGGACGCUCAAACUUUACAGAAGCUGUCUGAAAUAACAGGACUGAGCAGACGAGUCAUACAGGUUUGGUUUCAGAACUGCCGAGCACGACACAAAAAGCAGCCGCCACACAACGGUUUCUCUCAGAGCGCUCCACUGUCCAGGAUGCCGCCGUCGCUGCCAGAAGAUAUUCACUAUUCCCCGUUCGGCAGCCCCGACCGACCACAUCUCCUCACCCUGCACGGAUAUCUGGACUCUCAUCCCUUCUCUGUCCUCGCUGCUCCAGGCCACUUGACCCAUCCAUCCAUCUCUUUACCACAGCUCCCCAUCAGCCGCUGAGCUCUCUCUCCAAGUUUCCACCGCUGUGAUCACAUUGUGAUUUUUAAAUAGGGAAUAGCUAAAAACAAUCUUUGGGGACGUACGGCACUGUGCAAAGUCUGCACUGUUUUGAGAGUAGCAGGACCUCGACAAUCUGUUUCCAAUCAGUCGGCUUUUUAGUUGUAACACUGCGAAGCUAAAAUUGUGUUUUAAGGACGGCAGAUUGUGGUUAUGGGAGAAAAUGUGCUGCCUCCAUUUCCAACACAGGAGAUUUUUGUUUUUCAUGAUGUUGAAAAAGAAGACCACUUUUCUUUUUUCUUUUUUUCCUUUCUGUGACUGGACACAAAACACUACAUCAGGUCAGGGUUUGUUUUCCUUUUACCCAGCUGAGCAAGGUAUUUUUAAUUUUAUAUUUGCUGCAAAGAAAAUAUUUAAAAAAGGGGGAGUGUUGUAGAAGCGUUGCAGUAAAAACCUCAGUAUAUUAUGAAUAUUUUUGAGCACAUGUGUCUGUUGUUUGUUGUUGUGUUGUUGUCAGAAAACGGAAACUUAUUUAUUCAGAACAAAACUUAACUUUUUAAAAAAGCACUUUUUAACGUGUCUUGAAAAUGAAUAAUUCAGUGAUUGUACAUUGUAAAUACUGCUACAGUUUAAUAAAAUGUAAAAUAUC